AUGAAAACUACUCAAGAUGCUAUUCAAUUGAUUUCCUCGUUUUUGUCGCCUGCAUCAAGAUUCAAUUUAGCUGAAAUCGAUGAGUACUGUUUUGAGGAAGCCACAAGUUGGAGAGACGUUCGAACUAUAAUUAUCGACGAUGAUGAUGUCUCAUUAGGAAGCCCGAAUUUCGUGCACAAAAUAACUAGUAAAACGGAAGUGUCGAAGAUUACCAAUGAUUCUCGGAUUAAUGCGAUUCAUACCGUGUUCGAACUUUGCCCUGCUCUUCGCCGAAUGAUUAUUCAAACUCGGCUUCGUGAAAAGGAUGUUGAAUUAAUUUCGGGAAAACCUUUAAGAAUCCCGAAACUUUACAUCAGUACAGAGAAUUUGAGUCUAGCGCGUUUUCCAAACUUCGACCGUCUUCGAACCCUCCAUAUUGCGGCGAAUGUCUGCAGAGAAUUGAGGGUUAUGAAUGUUGUUGGAGAUCAUUUCCUCAAGGCGAUAUUCCCAAAUAGUCUUCGCCGUGUUUGCAUCACUGACGUUUACCUUACUGACGCAUUAAUGAAUAAGCUGGCAGCUCUUCCAAAACUCUAUUCAUUGGAUUUGAUUGGAUGUCUCGUCGACACGAACGUUGCUCCGAAAUAUAUUCCAUUAUUAGAGAAAUGUGAAGCUCUUGAAGAGCUCAGUCUACCACCAUCAUGGUUUUCAUUCACUGCAAAAAACAAAAUGCCCUCCACAUUGAAUCUCAGAAACACAAAACUCGAGAAGCUUUCGCUGUAUAUCGACACAUAUGACAAAGAUUCGUUCGGUGACCAGCUCGAUGGCAUUGUGCCAAAAACUUUGAAGAUUCUCGUCUUAUUCGGCAAUUAUAUUCCAUUCAAGCGACUCAACAAAAUGAAAGACUUCAAAAAUUAUGCGAUAAUUUUCGGACCAAACGAAUCAAUUGCUUCGUGUCCGCAAGAGAACUUGACAAAUGUGAAGCUGCUCUCUCAUCUCGUUCGAAGACCACCGUAUGCAAUGAAUCCGAAUCUUAUGAUGCUUCAAACAUUUGUGGACUUCCAUAUCGAUAAUCUCUCGUGGAGAUUCAAUUUAGCCGAAUGGCAAGCGAACGACCAACCACCGACAUUCCCCGCGAGGCAGGGCAUCAUACGACCUCAAGAUAGGCCAAGACCAAUGCCAGUUGGGAUAGUUCGUCGUCGAAGUGCUCCAGCUGAUGUGCAUCGUGCUCGUCAAGUCUCAUUCACUGACCGCAACUCAAUGCGCACCAAUCGUCCUUCUCCGCCACCAACAUUGAACACCACCGCCACAACCAACAGUCAACCUCAAACCAUUACAUCUCAACUCAGCCCAAUAGUCGCACCGCGAGCAACAUCAACCCCAAUUGUUCAAGAUGUGACAACGACUCCACCAUCUGAGCUUAAUCGAGCGAUGAUUGUGCCAUCGAAUCAGACGACAAGACGAAGUGAAGCCAGCUCGAAUCUCAGAAAUUCAUCUUCAACAAGUUCCGAGGAAAACAGCAGAGCGGCAACACCUGCCCCAACUGCUAUUCUACCGGCUCCUCCAACUCCUAAUGGCCGCGUCGAACCAAACGAUGAAGGAAUUCAACUGUAA